CUAAUUUGUAGUGCACUUAGUUAAUACAUGUUCAUGAUGGUGUACAACAAUGUUGUGAGAAAUUUUUUCUUCAUAUUUUUUCUCUUUUAAUUUUCCCUUCUCGCUGGCCGAUUUUCGAGUCGGCUUCUACAAUGCCACAUGCCCGAACGCGGAGUCCAUCGUCCAGUCGGUGGUGGCGGAGCACUUCGCCGCCGAUCCCUCCGUCCCCGCCGCCCUCCUUCGCAUGUACUUCCACGAUUGCUUCGUUAGAGGCUGCGACGCGUCGAUCCUGAUCUCGCCGACAAAGAAGAAGACGACGGAGCGGUCGGCAGGGCCGAACCAGACCGUCCGGGGCUUCGACAUCAUCGACGAGGCCGAGUCGAGCCUUGAGACGCAGUGCCCCGGGAACGUGUCCUGCGCGGACAUCAUCGCGCUAGCGGUGCGUGACGCGGUGGCCCUGGCGGGCGGUCCGAAGUACGACGUCCCCACAGGGCGGCUCGAUGGCCUGAUCUCCAACCCUAACGACGUCAACCUGCCGGGGCCACAGCUCACGGUGUCGCAGGCGCUCGCAUUCUUCACGAACAAAGGGUUCACCCUCGACGACAUGGUGGUCCUCCUCGGCGGCCACACGGUCGGCGUCGCGCACUGCACCUUCUUCCGCGACAGGCUCGGCAAUUUCCAAGGGACUGGCCAGCCGGACCCGACGAUGGACCCGGCGCUCCUCGCGAAACUGAAGGAGACCUGCGGGCCCAGGGCGAAGCCGCUGAAGUCGGACCCGACGGCGUUCCUGGACCAGAACGCGUCGUUCGCCAUCGACAACAGCUACUACAGCCAGAUCAUGCAGAAGAGGGGAGUGAUGCAGAUCGACCAGGAGCUGGCCGACGACAACUCGACCGCCGCGACGGUGCAGGGCCUCGCGGCGGACGCAGCAGGGUUCGCGCGGAGGUUCGCCGACGCGCUGGUGAGGCUGGGGAGUGUGGAGAUCAAGCAGGGCAGCGACGGCGAGAUCAGAAGGAGUUGCCAAGCAUUCAACACCCGCUCUACAAAGCCUUAGCUAGAUUUUUGUUUUUCUUUUUUUUAAAAUUUUUUUGGAUGUUAUAUUAAUGAAUGCAUGUAUCAAAUUGUGAUUAUUGUUUGGUUGAUGUUUUG